AUGACGCAUUUUCAAGCCUUCACCAAGAGCUUUGCUCGUGCCUGCUGCAGGAAUUACCAUGUCCAAACAAUAUUACCACACCCACACCAGGUGUUCAUAAACCACCGGGGGCCCGAUACCAGAAGAAACAUUUCUGGUUUACUCUACGACAACCUUCUCCGACUUGGGCAUAGGCCUUUCCUCGACUACCGAAACAUGAAAGCCGGUGAGAAGUUGCAGGAAAUUAUUAAUACCGCCAUUCGAGAUUGUAAAGUUGGUGUUGCAGUGUUUUCGCCCAGAUACUGUGAGUCCUUCUAUUGUCUCCAUGAAUUGGCUCUUCUAAUGGAAUACAAGAAAAGAGUUGUUCCCAUCUUUUAUAAUGUCAAACCGUCCCGGCUUCGGGUUGGGGAUAUAUACAAUGGAACUGGCCGCCGUGUUUCAGAGAAAGACCUUGAGAGAUUCAGCAGAGCACUUGAAGAAGCUAAAGAUAUUGUUGGACUUCGUUUCGAUUCAUCAAGAGGAUAUUGGUCAGAGUUCAUACGAAGUGCUUCCGAUGCCAUCAUAGAGCAGAUUGAUAAAAAUGAUGACGAAAGGAUUUGA